GGUGUGUUCUAACACUGUUGUGUUUUGUCUUUACAGCUGUCGUCGGCCUGCUCUACCCCUGCAUCGACAGUCACCUCGGGGAGCCGCACAAGUUUAAGAGGGAGUGGGCCAGCGUGAUGCGCUGCGUCGCGGUUUUUGUCGGCAUCAACCAUGCCAGCGCUAAAUUGGAUUUUGCCAACAAUGUGCAGCUCUCCAUGACCUUAGCAGCCCUGUCCCUGGGCCUGUGGUGGACGUUCGACCGCUCGAGAAGUGGCCUCGGGCUUGGGAUCACCAUCGCCUUCCUGGCCACUCUGAUCACGCAGCUGCUCGUGUACAACGGCGUGUACCAGUACACGUCCCCCGAUUUCCUCUACAUCCGCUCCUGGCUGCCCUGCAUCUUCUUCUCCGGAGGGGUCACCGUCGGCAACAUCGGACGCCAGCUGGCUAUGGGCGUUCCCGAGAAGCCGCACAGCGACUGAGCCUCCGGAGCCGCCGAAGAGCACGGUGUGGGAAGUAGGCCGUGACCUUGGACUGCGACAGAGAUGAGCUUCCUCCUCCGUGACCCGCUGAGACUGGGUGACUGCACCCGUGACGCCCGGACAAAGCAGCCCCCUGGCCCGGAGCGGCAGGCGAGGGGACCUGCCUGCGUCAGCCCCGGGGCCCCACCCCGGCGGGGGCGGGGCCUCAGGCAGGCGCAGCUUCCCGAGUAUUCGAAAUCAUUUAUGUUAUUAAAAGCAAGUUGCCAUAUUUCAAAGCCUUGAACUAAAGCCUAAUUACCAGCUCUUGGUUUUGUACCCGUGCCCACAAGGGAUAGCUUGAUGGUGCUGUAACAGAGGUGAAGUGUGGUCAAAAAUAGGAAUCGUAUUUAUCCAAGAGAUUUUUUAAAAAAUAGGGUUGUGUAAAAGGAGAAGCGGCCGUGAGCCCCGGGAGGCUGGCCCCUGCGGUGGCGGCGCGGAGACCCUGUAGACAAUCUCACUGGCGCGGAAGGCAGCGAAGGCCACGGCUCUCCACUGUGGCCGCCUGGAAAUCUCAGCUCAGAAUUCGUGAAGUUUCUUCCAGAACCCCCAGUCCUCUAAGAGGGAGCACCUGUCUGCGUGUGUUUCGGUCUCAGCCUGAGAUGUCUGCCGUUUCCUUAAACCUCCAGAGUAGAGAUGACGAUUUUUCCGCAGCCCUAUGGGAUUUGCAAUCUGUGAUUGCCUUGUAAAAAGAAGCGUGCACAUAUCACCACGUCGAACAUUCGGGGUUUCUAAAUACUCAAAGAUCUCGGUGAGCACAAUGUAUUCACUCAAUGGCAUAGACCAUAGCAGACCCACUUGGCGAGGGUUGGGUCUCACUUCAAGUGCAAUGUAUCUGAAAACCAAUCUGAGCCUUGCAUUCUCUUAAAUAUUUAUUUUUUUUUAACGUAUGAGAUGUUAAAGAGGGAUUCUCCAUUCAUUUCAGUGCUGCAUGGAGGCGAAAUUCAGCAAUAAUUUCUUUCAGUUGGGAAGUUACUCUGUUGUACCCUCCACUGAGCCCUGGCCCUUUGAAAUACUCCGGUUUCGUGCGUUUAGUAGACUUGUAAUUUUUACUUACAAAUUUACCUUUUUUUGUAUUUUGCAAUUUAAGUGUUUUUGUUUUAAAUUUUCGUGAAGCGAUUUCAUUAAAAGACUCCUUUGGACUGGACGCGGCAGCCGGCUGGACGGGCGGCGGCAGCUGCCAUGCCCUUGGCUUCGUGCGCGGUGGUCCUGUUGCGGUUCUUCUGUUCUGUUCUGAGAAAAACACCUGGGAGUGAAUUUUGGGUGGCUGUGUUGCCGAUUCGUUUUCGAGGAAUUUUGUCUGGAAGAAAAUGGGGUCCUUCCGCCCUUCGAAAUGACCCCACACGUUUUUUUCUGGAAAACCGGAAGUUACAAGGUGGAAGCAGAAAUUGACUCAUUAAAACCUACUUGAUUGUGUACAGACAGGAAGUAUUUUUUUCUCUUCAACUGGAAGUAAAUCUCUAUCUGUUAGAAAUAAUGUAGCCAAAAAAAUGUGAAUUUGAAGAAUUUUUUUGCCAAUACUUUAUAGCAAGUAUACGAACCAAAGUGAUUUGAGUUUGUAAAAAUGUAAAGUACUAUGAACAAAAUUUGCACUAUCUGAGAUCUAUCUGGUGAGGUCCACAUUCGCACUUAAUUUCCAGCAUUGUGUUCUUUUUCCAUUCAUUUUUUACUUUUAUUAAAGGUUCAAAACCAA